AUGAAUCUUCCAGUGAAUUUCGAAACUGAAAACAUCUGCCAUCACAAAACUCAGCAGGAUAAAAUCGUCCCCAAUCGGGAGGACAUCGACGCGGCUUUUGGAGAAGGUUUUGGGAAAGAGAAAAAUCUUGCGAUAAAACGGGUUUUGAGGAUGAACAACAAGGACUUGAUUCGCGGACUCUUUCAGAAAGAGAAGGACACAGUUUGUGCGGCGACGGGAUUUCCCUACGAAAGUGUGCAAAUCAUGAAUUUGAUCAAACAUGACGAUGAGGCUGGAAAUCUUGCUAGGGAAAUUAUACAAUACACUGAGCGACCAAAACACAUUCAAAAUCUCGUCCAAAAAUUUAUCGAAAAAUUCGCCGGGGAAAAAGAAGACCCUCAUUUCAUGGCGAUCCACUGGAGAUACGACGAAAAGGACUGGAAAGAUGAGCAGUGCAGGCGGAAACCGGACUUCAAAAUUUGCAAGGACUUUGAGAUAAUGCGAGAUCCGGAGAAACUGUCCGAUGAAAUAGAGAGCUACUUGUCCAGCCUUGAAGAGAAAUUCGACUUCAUCUACAUCGCCGCUCCUCCAUCAGAGCUCGCGCUCAUCGAGGGCGUCGGCAAAUCCUUCGCUCGGAAAGGACUCAUUCCGAUCGUUUCUCAAGUCGAAAUGGACCAGCUGAUGCGAGAAGAAUUUGAAGCUUCUUGUGGCGAAAAGUUCAAAAGCCUGCGAUACGAAAUACUAUCAAUGCUAGACAGUGAAAUUUGUACAGUUGCGCCGGUCUUUUAUUAUUCUAUCAUGUCGAGUUAUUCGAUGAAUAUUCAGCAAGAAAGAUUCGUUAGGUUCAAAAAUGGCGCGACGAGAUUCGGUAGGGUGGGUUGCGUCAUUUCAGCGCUGCGCUCCCGGUACAAUACCUACCACACUGCCCGCAGCGAGCGUAAAAUCCAAUAG